AGAGAGCCGUCGAGUCCAGACGUGCGUCUCGUCCAGAAUUCUCUUCAGCGUAAGAGUUUGGAUUUUGGAUUCGGGUAGAACCUAUCGCUGACGCUUCCGAAGCACCGGGGGCAUGCUCACAGGCCUUCGCAAGGGCAGAGCUGGCAGCACAUUGUCCGAUUACAGUCGGAAGCGGGGUCUUUUACCGAGACAAGGAAGUAGUGACCAGGCGACGAAAGAUCCAUCGUCAGGGACAGGAGCAACUUAUGUAUUCCCAGGUCAUGUCGCGAGGUUCGACACGGGUGAACAAUUCCCCAAACCGGGUCUACGUACUUAUUCGCCCUUUCGUAUUUCGAAACCCGGCCCGGGGCUCGGUGCCCAAGGCGCUGAGAUCGCACAGUCGAUGGAAAGUGGUACGGGACGCAGUCAAGGAAUGGGGGGCUUGGUGUGUGCGGGAAGGUCUAUCAAAGCGAGGGACAUGAUCAAAACACCAUCUCACACCCCCGCUGUCACCCCACCGACAAGUCAGAGGUCUGUAACUUGCCCAUUCUCUGCAUCAACUAUUCGUAGAAUAGGAUUUGACCCUUUGCGGAUAUCCCGAGAGCGCAUCAAAGAUAACGUGCAAAUAGUGGGACAGUACCCAUCCAUUCUCUGAUCGUUGAACUGAUAAUCUGACCAGCGUCAAGUCGUCGAGGAACUGCGCAACUCCCAGCCCAAUUCCGAAGGAGGAUCAAGUCAAUCGGCGAAGGCGACUCGUCCAUCCCGCGAGAGGGUAGGGAAGGCUCAAAUAGAUGCGGGUACUGAAAGCGAUGAGGAGCUGGAAAUUAUAUAAAUUGAUGCUAACUACGUAUGUGUACUUCACUAGUGUAUUCGUUAACACGGGUCACGAACGCUCCUUUACUGUAAGACAUUGCUCCCUUCUCGACUUGAGGG